AUGCCUCAAACAGCCCCCCCUCCUCACACGCCGCAAACUCAAGAUGCGAGCUUGCCAUCGCAAACCACUCCAGCUUACCAAGCUUCCCCUGCACCCGCUGCAGCUCCGCCAAAGACCACCCCGACCAAGUCGACACUAAAGGCUCUGCCUACCGUAAGAGAUCAUACGACCGACCAAUUGAAUGAGACUGGCGACGAAUAUAUCCCUCGUGAAAUCGAUGAAUUUGGAGAGAAGAAGGUGAUGCCGAAUGGUCAACUCCUCGGAAAUCGAAUCUACCGAUGUAGAACAUUUUUGGUUCCCAACCGCGGCGACAAACUUUUCAUGCUUGCUACAGAGUGCGCUCGGGUUCUAGGCUAUCGCGACUCGUACCUCCUGUUCAACAAGAACAGGUCACUUUUCAAGAUUAUUGCAAGCCAGGCUGAAAAGGACGACCUUGUCCAGCAGGAAAUCCUCCCGUUCUCGUAUCGAUCGAGGCAAAUAGCCAUUGUGACCGCGAGGUCCAUGUUCCGUCAGUUCGGUAGUAGGGUUAUCGAGAAUGGACGACGUGUCCGCGACGACUACUGGGAACAGAAGGCCCGCAAACAAGGCUUCACGGAGGCUGAUCUCGCUGGGGAGAAGCGACCUGGUGCUGCCAAAGCAAGAGAAGCCGCCGAAGCGCAGAACAACGUUCUCAUGCCGAGCUCGCAUACAGAGAUUGUCUACAAUCACAGCCCUGGCGCCUACCCCGGUCCACCUCAACCACCACUCCUUCAAGCAGGUAUGAUCGGAGCGCCACCUGGAAAUUCCACAAGGAUGCCUGGAUUAACAAUAGGAUCAGAUUUGAACGACAAUAGGCCGCGCGAUUACAGUGGAAUUAUCAAAGGUGGUCCUCGACAGGAAAUUACCGGCCCUCCGUACCAAGACCAGACCCGGCCCUCGCCCCUCGGGGAGAUUCACUCACAAGCUUCACAUGCAGCCGAGUUCAACAGGAACGUCAAUCAGCAACGGGAAAUGCGAGGUGACUAUCUUCAGAAUGUUUGGCGCCGUCCUCAUGAACAGCCGUCGUCCAACCUAAACCAACCCACCGACCCAGCCGUCCCGACAACGAGAUCCACUAACUCACCUCAUACGACUACCUCCGGAAUCUCUCAGCCACCUGUUGUGUCGUCUCAGAGCCCACAGAUGAUGAUGACGGCGGCGCCUUCUUACCCACAGACAAUCCAUGCCCAGGCAGGCCAGGCACCAAUCCGAGCAGGGUCCUCAAGUAGCAUCGGCCAAGCACCAAACUAUAACUAUCAGUCCGGCCAAAACAUGUGGUCGCAAACCACACAGACUCCCCAACAUAGUUAUGGUAGCUACACAACACAAGCCCAGCCUCCCGCGCAGUCUCAGUCGCCAGCUCCUCACUUGCGACAGCCUGGCACCAGUCAGAUGCAACCAGGGAUGCAGUUUCCCGCAAUGGGUGGCAUGCAAUAUCCGGCCACAGGGGGGAUGUACUCAGCAGAGCAAACACCCAGGCAAUACUUACCACAGAGCACGCCUGCAAACCCCCAAGUCUCACAGUCAUGGUCCGGUCAGCAUUCGUCACCUCAGCAAUGGUGGGGGGCACCACAACAGCAACAGUGA